CAUCACUGUUGAGAGCCCACCACCAUCGUCUUAACUCUCUUUCCUCCCCCCUUCCUUUUUUUCCCCUUCUCUUCUUCUCCAUUUCUUUCUUCCUUUCAAACAAACGUCAGGCCGGUCAAUCUCACGCUUCCCCAUUUUCCUCUCUUUUAUUUCUCCUUCCCUAGUUUCCAAUUCGAUUUCUUGCUGUUCUGCAACAAUUUCCCUCCACCUUCCUCUCCCUUAUCCGCCAACUCUUUUGUUUCUUCUCUGCCCACCAUCUAAUUCUGGACUGAAGUGGAAUUGAACUAAAAAACUCAAUUCUUUGCUCUUCCCAGCUCCUCUUGUUAAGUGGGUUGGUGUUCUUCUGCGAUUUUGUUAUCUGGGUGCGGGUGGAUUCGUUGAGCUUUAAGGAAAGGGUUGCAAGUUUGGAGCUUUGAAUUUGAUUCUAUCUGCUGCAGCAAGUGGGGUUUGUUGGUUGCAAUGUCAGUUCGAUGAGUAAUCAAUCGAAGGGAUAUGAUUAAAAUUUUCAGGGGGCGGCUGCUGGGAUUUGAGUUGAGGUUUUUGGCCUGGAGCUGACCAGGAAAGGGGGAAAAGUCAAUCAGGAGCUCAGUUUGAAGACUGACUUGAAUUCAGGUCCCUUGGUAAUCUUUGAAGAUUGAGUUUUCCGUGUGGAAGUUUGCAGAAUUCUUUGGUUUGAUUUCCUAAGUCCUUAUGGGCAGCUCCGGAUUUGUGGUUUCUUCAGUUGUUUCUUCCUUAGUUUUGGUCGUCACAUGUUGAAACUAGCGAUGUCCUCAAUAUGUUUAGAUCAUUAUCAAAGAUUGUUAUGGAGAGAUUCAUUUCAUUAAAAGUGAUGGUCACCAUAUUGAGCCUAUUGUUAGCUCUACAGUUUCAACAGAUAUAUGCCUCUGGGUCUAAUGGGAUUCAGUCAAGGGUUUGUGGUGCUGAUCGCAUUUCAUAUUCAAAUAAUGUGGAUGAUGGAGUUUUCCUCAUUAAUGGAAGUGUUGUAGAGAUAGAUUCACUAUGCAAGGCCCUCCGUUUUCACAUAGCGAAUGGCUGCAUCCCUGCCGAAGACUACCUCGUGAGCCUCUGUCAAUCGGGGUCCUCAUCAGGUAACUCACAUCACAAGCCAGCAAGAAAACUUCUACAAAAGGAGUUCAAGGAAGAAGUAGCCAAAGAACAGAAGGCAAAAGAUCCCAGUAAUACUCUUUCCUCGAAGCACAUUGGGAUAAUAGCAACUGGAAUUGUUGCGAUGUGUUGUGGUGUGCUCUGCCCCUGUAUAUACAAGAGAAGGAAGGCUACUUCCCACACCGUUCUUUCCAAGGAUCAAGUUUCAACGGAAUCAGUUAAUUCCUUUGAUGCGCCGCCUUCUGUUCAUGAUAAAGUGCCUGCUAGUCCACUUCGCGUGCCUCCGAGUCCUUCUAGAUUCUCACCGUCCCCUAAACUUUCUAGACUUGGGUCAGUUCAUCUCAGCCCUAGUCAAGUCGCCAGAGCUACACGUAAUUUCUCUCAGUCACUGAAGGUAGGUGAAGGAGGUUUUGGAACUGUGUAUAAAGCUCACCUUGAUGAUGGGCAAAUAGUUGCCAUUAAAAGAGCUAAAAAGGAACACUUUGAAAACUUGCGAACAGAAUUCAGCAGCGAGGUUGAUCUUCUGGCAAAAAUUGAUCACCGAAAUCUGGUGAAGUUACUUGGUUAUGUCGAUAAAGGACACGAGCGCCUUAUCAUCACAGAGUUUGUUCCAAAUGGCACCCUCAGAGAACACUUGGAUGGUCAGCGUGGGAAAAUUCUGGACUUCAAUCAACGGCUUGAGAUAGCCAUCGAUAUUGCCCAUGCUCUUACUUAUCUCCAUCUAUAUUCAGAGAAACAAAUCAUCCAUCGAGACGUGAAAUCGUCUAACAUUCUUCUGACGGAAAGCAUGAGAGCCAAAGUUGCUGACUUUGGAUUCGCGAGGUUGGGUCCGGUGGACUCUGACCAAACUCAUAUCUCCACCAAAGUCAAAGGCACGGUGGGAUACCUCGAUCCUGAAUACAUGAAGACAUAUCAGCUCACCCCUAAGAGCGACGUGUACUCAUUUGGGAUACUACUCUUAGAAAUCCUCACAGGCCGUCGUCCUGUGGAGCUAAAGAGACCUGCUCCAGAGCGAGUGACUCUUAGAUGGGCAUUCAAGAAGUACAACGACAAUGCUGUGGUGGAGAUGGUGGAUCCUUUGAUGGAGGAAGUUGUGGACGCUGGCAUAUUGAGAAAGAUGGCGACUUUGGCGAUUCGAUGUGCAGCUCCCGUUAGGCAUGAGAGGCCUGAUAUGAAAGCUGUGGGAGAAGAGCUGUGGGGGAUAAGAGCUGACUACCUCAAGAGUUCGAAGCGAGGGUAGAAAGAAACACGAAUCAUGUCGCAGUAAAACAAACGAAAGAAAGUCGAGUCAGGAGUCUUAUGAGCAUCUUCUUUCCUUGCACAAGCAUCCCACAUUGUACAAACAGACUUGUAUUUUCGCUUUGCCAAAGGUUGAUUCCCAUUUUUGGGGCAUUGUAUCAUUGGCUUGACUGAGCUCGAUACAGAAGCUUGGCUGUCUAUGGUUACAUUAUUCUUAGCCUUCAAGCAAGCUUUGGAUUCUCGUUGUCUCUAGUUUGGCCAAAGCUCAUUUUGCAGUCAAUUAGAGCCAAUAUUGUUAAGUACCAAAACCAAUUUGAUAAGUUAUUACAUUUAAUACGAAUUGUCUGAGUCGCGAACAAAUCAGUCGUCC